GAUUCUCAUUGGAAAUCACCUUCAUUACAUUAGAAUCUCGUUAGCAUCAGUUCACCACUCCUUUAUUAGCCCACCACUCUCUCCUCAUCAUCUCUCCCCGAGAUUUUCGCGGCCAUGGCGACCAAGAAGCUCUGCGAAUCCUUCUCCAAGACCCUAAUCGACGAAGCCCACAAAUGGGGGUGUAUGAAACAGACCGGCGUGAGCCUGCGUCACAUGAUGAAGUUUGGGUCCAGGCCCACCGAUCGGAACUUGUUGAGUGGGGCCCAGUUUCUUCACAAAAAGCUGCCCAUUAGAAUUGCAAGAAGGGCUAUUGAGCUCGAGACUCUCCCUUAUGGCCUUUCUCAGAAGCCUGCUGUGUUUAAGAUUAUACUGGGCUCUUCUUCGAUGGCUCGGAGGAAGAUUCUUGGUGACAUGGGUUAUGAAUUCACCAUCAUGACUGCGGAUAUAGAUGAGAAAGCUAUUAGAAUGGAUAAGCCUGAGGAUUUGGUUGUGACUUUAGCUGAGGCUAAGGCAGAUGCUAUCAUAGCGAGGCUAAAGACUAUGGAUCAGUCCGUGGAGGAUGCGAGCUCCAAAGAGCCCACAUUGUUGAUCACUGCAGACACAGUGGUGGUGUAUGAAGGGACAAUCAGAGAAAAACCAUCAGACAAGAAAGAAGCUCGCCACUUUAUAAAAGGAUAUUCUGGUGGUCAAGCCUCAGUAGUUGGAUCUGUUGUAGUGAGCAACCUUACUACUGGGAAAAGAACGAGGGGAUGGGACAGGGCCGAGGUCUAUUUUCAUGAAAUACCUGAUGAAGUUAUUGAUAGCAUGGUCGAGGAGGAAAUUAUGCUCAAAGUUGCUGGUGGUUUGACAAUUGAACAUCCACUGACUCUACCCUAUAUUGACACAGUGGUAGGUACUUAUGACAGUGUUAUGGGACUCUCGAAAUCUCUCACAGAAAAGCUCAUUCAAGAAGCCCUCUAGAACUUGUAUUAUAGGCUCACGUUUCAUGCACACUGUAAUUUUGUAGGCUAGAGCCGGAAUUUUACCAAGCUCUCAAAGUCUUGAUUGUUUAUCAUUUGCAAUGUUACCAUUCAAAAAAAGUUAAUCUUAUGAAAAUGAUACAAUUAUAGAACUCAAAGAUAUAGUAAUACUAUACAAAGUUUCUUUUUAA